UCGGCACGUUAGGUAUAAAUCGUAGUAUUCCGUGAGAUACGCGUUCGAAACUCGCGUUCUCCGCGCGUAAACAGUAUGGGCUGGUAACGACAGGUUACGAAGUGUUGAGCACGUGAGGUGCUGGGAAACAUUCAUUGUUGAAGCAAGGGAGGCAAAAUGGGGAAGUUGAAAGAAGGAAAACGUAAAUUAAAGGAUAUAACAAAGUCAGAAGAAGAGUUCUCAGAUAACGAAAUACCAGCAAAAGCACGUUCUUCUGAUGAACCAGCUCCGAAGAAGGUGAAGUGGAUCAACAAACAGAGAGUUCUUAUAUUUGGUUCAAGAGGAAUUUCUCACAGGGACCGCCAUUUAAUGCAAGAUUUGAGGGCCUUAAUGCCACAUUCAAAGCCAGAAAGCAAAAUGGAACGGAAGGAUGAUCUAUUUGUAGUCAAUGAAAUAUGUGAGAUGAAAAACUGCAAUAAAUGCAUCUUGUUUGAAGGACGUCUGAAACGUGACUUAUAUAUGUGGAUAGCCAAUAUUCCAAGUGGACCUUCAGCUAAAUUUCUAGUUGAAAAUGUUUACACAAUGGCAGAACUAAAGUUUAAUGGGAACUGUCUGAAAGGUUCAAGACCUAUACUUUCAUUUGAUGAGAACUUCACCAGAAACCCUCACUACAUUCUUCUUAAAGAGCUGUUUGUCCAGAUAUUUGGUACACCAUACCAUCAUCCAAAAAGUCAACCUUUCAUAGAUCAUGUGAUUACAUUCUCAGUAGUAGACAGUCGCAUUUGGUUUCGCAACUUUCAAAUUCUGUCUGAAGAUGGAGCUUUGGCAGAGAUUGGCCCACGAUUUGUACUGAAUCCAAUCAAGAUAUUUGGAGGUAGUUUUCGAGGGCAGGCGAUAUGGGAGAAUCCAAAAUUUGUAUCACCAGCAAUGUACCGUCAGCAGAUUAGGAAAAUUGCUGCUCAUAAGUAUGAGAAUCGGUUGGAGAAUAAAAUGACAUAUGAAGAAUCAAGACCUAAAGAGUCAUAUCAGUUAAAUCCUAUUGAUGAAAUUUUCUCUGGUGAUACCCUGGAGAAGGCUAGUGAGAUUGAAACUCAGGCCUUAGUAAGAAAAGUCAAAGAAUUGGAAACUCCUGCCUUAAAGAACAAUCAAGUCAGGUCAAAGAAAAAAAAAUCAGAAGUGAAAGAAUUGGAAACUCCUACCUCAAAGAAGAAUCGAGUCAAAUUGAAGAAAAAAAAAUCAAAGCAGCUGAAAGAUUUGAACAAGCAGGAUAAAAAACUGAAACCGAAGAAAACUCAUAAGCAAGGAAAGAAAUUCAAGAAGUGGAAAGGUACUACUACAACGAAAAAAUGUUUCAUUAAUCAGAAGGCUGCACCUGUUGAGAUGUAAAGCUGUUAAAGUAAUGUAAGAUUUGAAGCUUUAACUGUGAAUAAAUAUGCUGAAAUCUUCUUGGUUGAUCAUCUGUGUCAGCAUUGAGUUAGAAACCAACAUUUCACGGAGCUCUGCCUCCGCUAUCAGGUUUGAUUUGACAUCAUUUAAACUCUGAUGAUGGAGAUUCUUGAACUGAUAGUUUUUAAUUCAACAUUGACACAGCUGAUUGCCCAAGAACAUUUCGGUACCUAUUAAAAUAAAGGCAAAUGAACAUCGUAUGAACAGUA